AUGCAAUCUAAUCGGACCCUAAUUAAACCAAACGAUACUACGAGUAGUAGCAUAGAAUCAUCUUAUAAACGCAAAAGGGCUAAGAGAAAACAACCUAAUACUCUAGAUACCUAUUUCAAGAGACUACGUAGGACAUUUAACAAAAGAGAUCAAGAAGUUAAAAAACUCGAUCAGGAGGUUGAAAAUCUCGAGAAAGAAGUUAAAAAGCAGCAAAAACAAGUCCAGGAACUUCAAAGCAAGCUUCUCUAA